AUGGGGAAGACUGGGCAGAGUACAGUGGACUUAAAUUCCCCAACAGAGGUCAAACAAGCAGUUCCCUUUGAAGAAAUGGAUCACAUGGCGCCCUCUGCAGAAGAAAAGAAAAAAGAGGAGCCACCUGACAGAGGCAGCUGGAAGGGCAAAUUUGAUUUCCUGCUGUCGUGCGUGGGAUACGCUAUAGGCUUAGGAAAUGUCUGGAGGUUCCCUUAUCUGUGUGGGAAGAAUGGGGGAGGAGCUUUCCUGAUCCCAUACUUUUUGACCCUGGUGUUUGCUGGGAUACCUCUCUUCCUGCUGGAGACAUCCCUGGGUCAGUUCACCUCAGUGGGAGGGCUAGGGGUGUGGAAGCUCAUCCCAAUGAUGAAAGGUGUUGGCCUGGCUGCAGUGGUGCUGUCCUUCUGGCUCAACAUCUACUAUAUUAUCAUUAUCGCCUGGGCACUCUACUACUUAUUCAACUCCUUUGCUUCGGAGCUGCCUUGGCAAAGCUGUGAUAACCCCUGGAACACAGAGAACUGCUUUUCCAACUACAGUCUGACAGACACCACCAACUUGACCAGCGCUGUCACUGAGUUCUGGGAGCGGAACAUGCAUCAGCUGUCUGGUGGCCUGGAGGAGCCGGGAGAGGUACGCUGGCCCUUAGUGGGUACUCUGGCGCUGGCCUGGGUCCUUGUCUACUUCUCAAUCUGGAAAGGAGUGGAGUGGACGGGGAAGGUGGUGUAUUUCUCAGCCACCUAUCCCUACUUCAUGCUGUUCAUCUUGUUCUUCCGAGGGGUCACUCUACCAGGGGCCAUAGAUGGGAUCCGCUUCUACAUUACACCAGACUUCAAUAAGCUCAUGCAAUCUGAGGUGUGGCUGGAUGCAGCAACCCAAAUUUUCUUUUCUUAUGGACUGGGCCUGGGCUCGCUCAUCGCACUGGGGAGCUACAACUCUUACAACAAUGAUGUGUACAAGGACUCCAUCAUAGUGUGCUGCAUUAACUCCUUCACCAGUAUGUUUGCUGGCUUUGUCAUCUUUUCCAUCGUAGGCUUCAUGUCCUAUAUCACUAAGAAACCUGUUAAGGAAUUAGCAGCAUCAGGUCCAGGACUGGCGUUUUUAGCUUAUCCCCAAGCUGUCACGCAGCUUCCCAUGUCUUCUCUAUGGGCUAUCCUCUUCUUCUCCAUGCUCAUGAUGUUAGGCUUGGACAGUCAGUUCUGCACUGUGGAAGGCUUCAUCACAGCUCUAAUGGAUGAAUAUCCACUACUGCUGAGGAAGAGGAAGAAGAUCUUCAUCCUCAUUGUGUGCUUAAUCUCCUUCGUCAUUGGCUUCUCAAACAUCACACAGGGUGGCCUGUACGUGUUCAAGCUGUUUGAUUACUACUCUGCCAGUGGGAUGUGUCUCCUCUACCUCGUCUUCUUUGAAACAGUUUCCAUAUCCUGGUUUUAUGGAGCUGAAAGGUUCUAUCAGAACAUUGAGGACAUGAUCGGCUAUCGACCAUGUGGCUGGUGGAAGCUUUGUUGGAUGUUUUUCACCCCAAUGAUCUGCUUGGGGGUGUUUACCUUCAGUGCCAUCGAGAUGACCCCUCUGAGCUUGGGAAAGUAUGUGUACCCAUUGUGGGGCCAAGUGAUUGGCUGGGUCAUGGCUAUGUCCUCCAUGAUACUGAUCCCUGGCUACGUCAUCUACAUGUUCUGCACCACCAAAGGAAGCAUCAAGCAGCGUUGGCGGAAGAUGACUACUUCCCAGCAGGAUAAAAACCUAUCGGGGCAUGAAGAAUUUACACACACAGGGAGUGUUGGUGAAGCUCCUGUCUAG